AUGCAAUCACAAGUUUUCGCGGGUGUCAGUUAUUAUUUGGUGGGAUCCGUUAGCGAUGAGGUCGCUCAUGUCUUGCGCCAAGGUGGCGCGGAACGUGAAUAUUACUUAUCAACCCUUGUAACACAUGCAAUCUGCCAAGAUUCCAGCCACGAUGAUUAUUCGAAAGCCGAAAAUUACAGCUUAGACAUCGUUAAAAUUUCAGCUUUAAUCUAUGUAACAUCACUAGAGUGUAUAAGUUACAAAGCUAGAGUUAAAACAUGUACUGCGAUCGUUAUGCUACAUUAUAUUCCUAAACUGCCACCUAUGGGAUUUAGAUGUUACCCGUACCUUGUCAAUUCAUCUAGGAUUUUCCAGAAUACUCUAGUAGCCUUUUGGAAGAUAUGUUCUGAAGACCAGAAGAAAUUAUGGGCAAUGCUAACUUUUCAUGGUGGAACUUUUACCAACACUAUCCAUUCUAAGUGUACUCAUAUCAUAGUUGGUGAUAAAAAUUGGGAAGCAGACGAUGAGAUGGACUUGAAAUCUACUCAAGGAAUUAAUAUUGUCACGCCUUAUUGGAUUACUCACAGUAUUAAAGCUGGUACCAAAUUGAAUGAAGAACUAUUUACAAUUGACGAUGACAAGCCAAAUCACCAUGUUAAAGGCGCUACCUUACCGGCUGAAAGUAAAAAUGAUGCUCAAGAAAUUGUUGAUAAAAGUGAUGGCAAAAUCAAAUGCGAACAAGUAUUGCAAAACGCUCAUCGGGCUAAAUCGAUAAUACGCAUAGAUACAAAAAAUAAAGCUCAACCUAAAUCUUGUACAGAAGGGAGUCAAAAUAUAAUUCAAUAUAGUGUAAAUGAAUCAAACUUGGAAAAUCCUGCUAUGUCUGCACUUGGCACUUUUGAUUACUUUGGACCCCCGAAAAGGACUAAGAUGCCUUUGAUUGGUACAACUGGUAAUAUCAAUGAUACAGCUUUACCUAUUGAUAAGAAUAAUAAACAAUCGCAAGAGUUUGGCAUUACUAAAAGUGCAGCUGAUGAUAGCGAUGAAAAGCAGCCAAAACAUGCCGGCAAUAUAAAGCAAGUUAUGAAGGCUGUUGGUAGGAUUGACUCUACUGAUGAUGCUGACAUAAAUUUACACCUAGUAAAUAUAUCUAAUCACAAGAAAUCAUCAAUCAAUAUUUCUGAAAAUAAGCAAUUACAAGUUGAGGAUUCAAGUAAGAGGAAAGAUGCACUUUCUACAUGUGAUAAUAGCAAAAUUGAAGAUGCAAGUCAGAUUGAUAGCACUACAAAAACUAUGAAUUUAAAACAUUCCCAAGAGAUAAAUAAAGAUAUUAAAUCAACUUCCUUAACAAGUGCAAUAUUAAAUGAUCAAUAUGUUUUUAACACAAAGUACAAAAACUCAUGUGAGAAACUGGAAAUUGCAACCGAAAAAUCAGGAUUGAUAACAACUGAGGAGCAACGACGAGCUAGAUGUCAGGAAGCCAAGCCAGCUGAUGAAAGUUUCACCCCAAAUACCCAAACCUCCAUAAGUAAUUACAGUAAAUUAGAGUCUGUAAAUGAGGUAGAACUUCCUGUUAACCUGAAUAACAAUCAACGUUCUGAAGUUACGAGCACAAUAAACACAGCUGUCACUGUUAGCAAUAAGAACAAUGAGAUACCGAUUAACAAAAAUAUGAAGACAACUGCGGUAAAUGUCGGUCUACCCCAAGAUAUUUUGGAAUCUGAUUCGAUGAUUAAUAUGGAAGUAAAUAAAAUAAGCGAAGAUGUUCUCACUAAAGAUUCCGCAUUAUCAACCGAUAUAGAUAAAAAUUUAUUUGGUCCUGGUAGCGACCGGACGGGAAAAACUGCAGAUCAGAAUAAUAGCAUCAUUAUUGGUAGUUCUGUUAUUGAAAAUAAAAUGCGUCAACGUUAUCUCCUCGUAGGAUGUGUCUUUCUCAUAAUUGACUACCAACAAGAUGUCGAUGAUGGAAUUAUUAGUAUAUGGAAAAAGGCACUUCGUGACGGUAAAAAGAUUGCCACGAUUUGUUGGUUGAAUGAUGUGUUGCGGAAAGAGGAAAUUUUUACACCCCGCGAUUGCAUGCAGAUACCUGUACCAUCAAAGUAUAUAAUUGACGCCUGUAAAGAAAUGGUAAUUGCUGUAACCGGAUACACUGGCAAAGAACGUGACAAAGUUAAAAUGAUUAUCAAUGCUAUUGGAGCUAAUUAUACACCUCAUUUAAGUAGAAAAAAUACCCAUUUGAUAUGUAAAAGCCCAUCGGGAGAAAAAUUCUUUAAAGCUAAAGAAUGGCGAAUAUUUACCGUAAAUUGCAAAUGGCUAGCAGAUAUCUUAAAUACUGGUAUUGUUGCGCCUUGUGCCAUGGAGCGCUACAUCCAGUUUGGUAAACCAAAUGAAAUGAGUCUGGAAUACGAAUGCAACGAGCCAAUACUAAGAAUUUGGAAAUCAAAGAAAAGAAAUCAUUCAACAAGUGAUAGCGAUGAUGAUGACAUUACCCGUACGGAGAAAUUCUUAUGCUGUUUCGCUACGUGCCGACACGUAAUAAGGUCAGAAUGGGUAGAGCAAAGUUAUCGUCUUGGAAGUUUUGCAGAUGAAACUCAAUUUGAAGUGAUUGACAUGUCGACAGAAAAAUAUUACAGCUUUUCCCUAAGAAAGUCCUUACAGAUGGCUACAUUACGACCUGUAUUCGAGGAUAUGACCUUUUACGUAACAAGGAAUGUCAAGCCAGACUUGCAGACGAUGAACAAUAUAAUCCAUUACAAUGGAGGAGAGGUGGUUACUUACACACUUGCUAUCAAGAUUUUGAUGGACGUUAAUUCAUGUAAGGAAUUAUUUAUAAUAUCGUGCCCUAAGGAUAAAGACGAAUGCUUCAACAUAAGAACGCGUCGACAUUCGAUCGAAUUUUACACUGCUGAUUUUGUGGUUAUAAGUAUACUUCGCCAGAAAGUUAACAAGCAAUCAUAUCCUUUGAUAGAAACCAAUUCGUCAGUUGCUUUCUAA